UGACAUUCAGCUGGAAAGGCUAGGAGCAGACAUCAAACGCCUAGACACUGGUAGAAAUUUAUCCUUUAUCAGUUUCUGAAUAUAUAACACCCACAGAAUGCCGGAACAUGGGUAUUGCACCGAGGAGCACUAUUACAACAGUACUGCAGACUGGCGGGAAUACAAUUCACUUGGGGGUUUCCCUUGAUGGCAUUUCCUUGGAGAUUUCUGGAAACACUUAUUUACAAUUGUACGGCAAUAUCUGCUUUUCAGACACCUUUAACCACUGCUUGUAUAUGGCAAAGUUUUUCGCAGAGCUCCUUGGUUGCACAUUGCAAGACAAGGGUGCGUCUCCUACGCUUGAGUCCCGGAGUCAGUGCCGCAACAACCAAAGUCAAAGUACCAAGAGAAAGACAAAUUUCUUCAGAUCUUUGCCUAGUGAAAAGUCAUUCAGAUCUUUGCCGAGUGAAAAGUCAUUAUAUGAUCCAGUGUUGGAGAGAAUGCCCCAGACGCCCACUCUCGUAACGAUGUUUGACAGCAGCAGUUUCCAUCGGAACUUGUAUCAAUCCAAAGAAGAAAGUUGUUCUGACCUGUAUUACCAAGAUAACAACCUGCUUUCUGGGUCUCUGGAAGCACUCAUCCAACACUUAGUGCCAAACGUCGAUUACUAUCCGGAUAGAACAUAUAUCUUCACAUUCCUGCUGAGCUCUAGACUUCUUAUUCACCCUUCUGAGUUGAUGGCCAGAGUCUGCCAUGUAUGCGUGGAGCAGCAGCGAUUGAACGAGCCUGGGUUAGAUAAGAGCCAAGUGCGUAAAAUUGCCCCCAAAAUUCUCCAGCUGCUAACGGAAUGGACCGAAACAUUCCCUUAUGAUUUCAGGGAUGAGCGAAUGAUGAGAAAUCUGAAGGACACUGCUCAUCAAAUAACAAAUGGGGAUGAGAUGUACAGAAAAAACGUGCAGCAGAUAAUGCAGAAUCUUAUUCGGAAGUUGGCGGCACUGACUCAGUACGAGGAACUCAUUACAAAAAUCAAUGCACAGUCUACUGAUCGCAUGACAGUCCUGAAAACCAAACCACAGUCCAUACAAAGGGACAUCAUCACAGUGUGUAGUGACCCCUACACAGUAGCACAGCAACUCACCCACAUAGAGCUGGAGAGGCUAAGUUACAUUGGACCAGAAGAAUUUGUUCAAGCAUUUGUGCAGAAGGAUCCAUUAGACAACAAUGAGAACUGCUACAGUGACAGAAAGAAAACACGCAACCUGGAAGCCUAUGUGGAAUGGUUUAACCGGCUUAGCUACUUGGUUGCCACUGAAAUCUGCAUGCCUGUGAAAAAGAAACACCGUGCUCGAAUGAUAGAGUUCUUCAUUGAUGUUGCUCGAGAAUGCUUCAAUAUUGGAAACUUUAACUCUCUGAUGGCAAUAAUAUCUGGCAUGAAUAUGAGUCCAGUGUCCCGACUGAAGAAAACAUGGGCAAAAGUCAAGACUGCCAAGUUUGAUAUCCUUGAGCAUCAAAUGGAUCCUUCUAGCAAUUUUUACAAUUACAGAACAGCUUUGCGAGGGGCAGCUCAAAGGUCUUUAACAGCUCACAGCAACCGUGAAAAGAUUGUAAUACCAUUCUGCAGUUUGCUUAUUAAGGAUAUAUACUUCCUGAAUGAAGGAUAUACAAGUCAGCUUCCAAAUGGACAUGUCAAUUUUGAAAAAUUCUGGGAACUUGCUAAGCAGGUCAGCGAAUUUAUGACAUGGAAACAGGUUGAGUGUCCAUUUGAAAAGGAUUGGAAAAUAUUACAUUAUGUGCUGACUGCCCCCAUCUUCAGUGAGGAUGCACUUUACUUGGCUUCUUAUGAGAGUGAAAGUCCUGAGAAUCACAUUGAAAAGGACAGAUGGAAGAGUCUGAGGUGAGGCUAAAUAGCUGAUGUAUCAAUGCAAGGUCGGCGCUUUUGGGCAGAGCAUAAUGUGUCAAUGCCCUGACAGAAAAUUGUUAUUAUUUAUGGACAAUUUUUGCACUUGAUGGCAGCACAGCAGGCAAACAAGAUUGCAACCCAGCUUUGGUGAAUCAAGAGAGCUAAGAGCGCACACAAGCAGAUGAAUUUCCACUGACUGGCCUAGCAUGCUUGUUUAAGCCAAUAAAUACCUAAUCAUUCACAGCCACCCUUAUGCUGAUUAUUUGCUGGAUGUUGUUUCCUGCUACCCAGUCCCAUUGUCCUCGAACAUCUAAAACAUCUGUAAAAAAAAACGUAAACACCUUUGCCUGUGGAAAAAACAGACAUUUUAAAAAUAAAAAAAACUUGAGUAACCACUUGCUGGCGGUGGUUCAUAUCAAUUUCAUAUGGACAAGGUUAAUUCUAUUGUUAAAGCUUAAAGUUUACUGCUGGAUGGUAAACCAGACAAGAAAUGUGACUUACCAGUAUUCAAUAAUAAUUGCCAAUGCAUCAACUUGAAAAGUUGAAAAGAAGAGAAAAAUCACUUCUCUGGACUGUUAGCAGUGACUGAGCACUGCAAGGGUGUCACUGGACUCAUCUUUAAUGGUUGUGUCUUUUUCUUUUUGCUGUUUACAUAACUACUUGUUUGUUUCUUUUGUCAUUUAAAUUUCUUUUGUGAAGCUUUAAUUGUUUCUUGUAUUUAUUAAACAUGGUCUGUGCAAAGUUGAA